AUGUUUUAUGUGUUGUCAGGAGUUGAUGUGCAUCCAAUAAUUGGCGCUGUGGGCACCUCAGCUUCAUCUCUGGAUGAAGUUCUCAGCACCAUCCGGAGGGUCUGGGAACCCCCGAGGUGCCUGUCUUCCGAUAGGGGCAAACAAAACACAAAGUCUGCGUCAUGUAUUGCGUGUUCAAGAGACUCCUGCUUCAGGGCAACUGGUGUCAGCGAAGAACUGGCGACGCUGGCUGACAUGGGGAUAAGCAACAAACCACGAGGCAGGGGUCGGACCAACACAGGUCUGCUACAUCGGCGGUACUCUGUGCCAGAGACUGUCAUGCGGAAAUAUUCGCUGACCAAGCAGCAAUCGUGUUCAAGUGAUAGUGGAGUUGCCACUGUACCCGUCGAAACCCCCGACACAAUUUCCAGUGACCCCACGACCCAGCCAGGAAGUUCCUCUGAUGAUCCCACUGCAGGGACAUCGUCACCAGACUCAAGCGAUCACAUAAGCGAAAAAAUGGGUAACAGAACAGGGAAAGGGGAUCGAUCUCCUGUCCCUAAUGAAAGUACAACGAACGCGGCUCCUGCCAGAUCCACACUUGACACAGUGUCUGAAGAAACAAUUGAGUCAGUGCCUGGCAGAGCAUCUGAAGAAACUUCGGGACCUCUAAAUUCCCCCAAGGAGGACUCGAAACCAGAUCGAACUUCAACUGAAGUACCUUCAUCCACUCCGUGGAAAUAUGUGAGUCCACAAAACAAUGUACGUUCUGACAACUCACAGGUUUCAGUGCGUGGUGAUAUGUCACAUCUGCAGACAGCAGUAGGUGACAACAGACUUACUUCUACACCAAAUGAAGGAGUAAAACAGAGUUCAACAAAUACUACAGAAUCCACAAAGCUUCUAAGUUUCGUGAAAGAUGAUUUAUCGUCCUCCCAGUCACCAGAACCAGAGUCUACAAGCGACAGACCUUCAUCCGCCAUCAACAAAGAAGUACGAACUACUACAGAGUCUACAGAGCCGCAAAGUUCAGUGAAAGACAAUCUGUCAUCCUCCCAGACACCAGGUUUGGAGUGCAUGGAUAGCAGAUCAUCCACUCUCAGCAAUGAAAAAUGUCAAACUCCACGAAAUACCACACAAUAUGUUGUGCCACAAGGAGUAUUGCGGGACGAGAUAUAUUUAACACCAACAAAAGAGAAUGAGCCCUGUUCCAGCACACCCCAACCUACGCCAAAUAAAGAAAUGAUACAAAGUCCAAACAGUAAGGGAAAUACAGAGAAAAAACUCAGUAGUCCGAAAAGUGGUCGAUCUACACACAGUAAUCAUACAGGAAGCAGAAUUCCGCAUCCUUCAAAGGAAACGGUGAAGCCUCGUAUUUCGUCCAGGGUCGAUUCGUCCUCUUCGAAAACGAUGGAAUUUGCGUCUACAGAGAGCACAUCGCCCACGCCUGAGUGGUCCUCCGGGAACAGAAUUUCCACACUUGAGUUUAGCUCCCAGACAUCUACAGUAACUCCAGAUGGGGCACUGAUUCAGAGCGACCGGACGCAGAGUUCGACUCCCAGAAGAGACACGAGUUGUACACCCUCAGACUCCUGUGUUAACACUCCCAACCCAGAGCAGUCACAGAGUCUGUCUUCGGCAUCAGACCGAGCCUCAGAGUCCUGCAGCAUCACGCCUAUGGAGUCUAGUUCGUCAAACGAGAGGCCUUCAGUUGCAAUGCAGUCCUUGACGAGUUCAGCGUCGCCCCCGUCGACUGACCACACGAUCUCCACUCAGGACACAACACUCAGCGUGAAGUCAAACCCCACUGUCCUCGACAGGCCUGCCAGUACCAUCACCGAGCAAUCCACAGACCACAUCGAUUUCAUGAAUGACAGCACAGGCGACAGAAAGCCCGUGCUGAAUAUGCUAGGCAAAAUUUCCACGUCACAGUCGGUGCAAUCAAAUUCGCAGCCAACAGGAGACAGUGGGCAUGCCACUGAAGCCAGUUCUAAACUUGGUGAGCUUAAUGCAUUUACAAAUGAGAAUAAUUCCAAAAUAUGUGAUAAAUCAAAAUCCUGGGAAAUCAUUAUACAACCAACAGCGGUGCAGAGUAACUCGGCCAGAUGUCCUGAUGAUUCAGGAACCAAGGAGACGAUUCGUUCACCGAUGAAAGAGGAUGUGGAAUUUUGCGGAAGUAAAACAUGCCUGGUUAUCAGGCCAAACAGCUCUAUUACAGGUCAAGCAGGGGCAAGGUUAUUUGGCACUACAGUGUACCCGCUGCAUACAACUAGAUUCUCUCCGGGUGUCCAACCAGAAGCUUCAAGUCAUGAAGCAGAAGAUUUCACCCCUGUUGGAAGUGAAGCAUCAGGUCAUUAUGGCUGGAGCAGGUUGACAGAUGAGGAACGUGCUGUCCGGCUGCAACUCCAGCGACACAGACUAUGGAUGAAUCGAAAACUCUCUGCUGCCAAUGCACUGCCUCCAUCUCCCAUUCAUGGUCCCAUAAGUUCCUGUGUCGGGACUGGAAGUACAUACCGCAAGAGCUAUGAAGUUCAACUGGUCGUGCCUCGCUACUCAGCCCUGCCCCGUUCUGUGUCUAUGCUCGUCAACACGUCAUCAGGGGAAUGUUCAAGCAACAGCAACAGUGAUUCAGAGUGCAUCAGUUUGGUGGACAGCCUGGAGGAAAAACCCUCUUCAAGUACCAGUACGCACAAGCCCAUGAACCACGACUCGAAGCCAGUGAGAGGUGACAUAGUUGAACUGUUACCAGAAGAGAGAAAUCAUAAAUAUGAUUCGCAAAGGAGAAUCAAUCCAGCAACGCCUCGAGGGAAAGGCAAGGCAUUUUUUGUGUCCAUGGCAACAGGGCUUGAUGAAGCAGGUAUUGUCAAAGUAGGAGAAGACAUAGACAGGCAAGUUGUAUCGCAAAGCAUGCCAGACAGGUUAAAGAAGAAGCUGUCUCAAAGACAUCAGCAGUUAAGUAUCAAGAAGAAGAAAAUAAGCAGAUUGAAAAAUAUGAAUGGACAGGCAGAUACAAACACACAACAGGAUGAGAAUGUUUGGACAGAUGUAGAAACUGGUGGUGUAAUCAGUGCACAGGCACUGGCUGGCAUGCAGUGCACAGACAUAUCACAAACUGAGAAUACAACUCAGGAAGAAGCAAAGGGUUCCAUAAAACCAAUACAGGAAACAUUCUCAGCAGAAAUGCCUCCUCAUAUAAGAUCACCAAGUACAGCAACAUUUAAUUCCAUGGCACAAGGCAAUACUGGGGGAGGGACUUUUAUUGUCUCAAGGAAUGAGGAUCAGGGACCGAAAGAACAGAAGUUGCUGGAGCAAAGAAUUCCUGUAGAUAUAUCAAACUUUUUAAGUGCUGGAAAUAUGAUGAAGAAUGAACAGGCAUUACAAGAACACAGUCCACCUGUAAAACGAUUUAAAGUUUCAAAACAUAAGCAUCCACCACAUAAAGACCAGGAGACUCCUAAGCAAAUAGCAGUUAAAAUUUUACAAAAUGGAGCAACAAUGUAUAAAGAAAGGAAACACAAAGAACACAGACCUCUGCUGAAGACAUCAAACCGUUCUAAAGAUUGUACCACAAAACAAGAAGAAAGGAAGUCUUCUGAGCGAGAAGCUGGAGCAAACGCAAAUUACACAAGACAUCAGGGUAAAGUACAGGAAGCAAACAAGCAUGGAGAGGAGUGUACAGUAGAUAUUUCAAAUGAGGUAACAGAAGACGAUGAAGAACUUAAACCAACGACAUACAUUACAUCUCAAGAAACAUCAACCACCCCAGAAGAAGGAAAUGUAAUGACAAUAGAACAGACAUCUGAAGUACAAAGGUAUCCAGAAAAAGCAAUAAAUGUUUUCAGAAGGAAGAUGCAGAAAGGGCGUGCAUCCCCAAAGGCCAGUAAAACAAAAAUCAGUCCAAGUCAUGAGGCUGAUAAAUCAAAAUUAGAAGACCAGAGUCCUCCAGUGGAAACAUCACUACAUAAGACCAGUGCUCAAUGUGAGGACAAAUUAGGUCAAGCACAAAGGAUGGUUCAAAAUGGUAAGGAAACCAUAAAAGAAUCUCUGUCCACUGAAGCAACUGAAUCUGUCCUGACACCUACUGAAGAAUUAGAAACUGAGCAAACAAAUUGUGAAAAUUUGAUAAAACAAAACACAACAGCACAAAAAAGUGAUAAUGAAGGUGAUGUUACAAACAACGUGAACAAAGCUGAAACACAGCUAGGAGAGAAAGCAAAAAUAUCACUUGCUGACCAGAACAUGGAGCAGGAGCAUGGCAGAGAAACUGACACAGCAAAAGACAUUAAGUCAAAGACAGCUGAAAAAUCCCCUGAAAAAAAAUCACUCAACACAGUUUCCUGCCAAACUUCACCAGAAAUCAAGUGUGAAAAGGAGAAAAACAGUUCAACACUAAAAACAAACCCUCAAUCUGAAAAACCAGAGUCACCUCCGCACCUAAUAAGAAACUUACUUAGAACUCAGCAAUCACUUAAAUCAUCAAUACCUAUUAUGAAGUCACCAACAGGGACAAGAAAACUGAGCCCAGACACUGUGAUCACAUUUCAACAAUCUCUCCAGAAGUCACAAAUAUCUGCCCACACACCUCCACAACUAAUUCAUGCUUUACCAAGCAGGCGAUCUGCCAAUCUCCUGGGGACCAGAUUCCACCAGAGAUUUGAGGUGAUUCCAGAAGAGAGGAGUGGAUCCCUGGAAUCUUCUACAGAAGACCAGUCAUGCCUACCACCUGACAGAAGACCAAGACCCUCUUUGCCAGCAGGACAAGCAGGUACCAAAGUCAGCACUGGAAAUUCUCUGGGUAAACGGAGCAACACGGUCUCUCAUAGCUGUCUGGGUCUGAACCAGGCAACCAGCAACAAGUACAGACAGAAGAGAUACAGUGUUUCAAACAGUGAAACUAGUGACAGCAAUCAUGAAGACAUUAUCGAUGGAAAUGUCACAGCAACUAAUGGUGAUAUCACAAAGAAGGUAAUCCAGAGACCAUCAUGCCCAUCAAAAAUUCCCAGGGCAGAGAAGAUGAAAAGGCAGUCAAGGAUACCAGACGGCUCUGUAUGUGAAGGGCAGGAAGACAGAAAGGACUAUCAGGGCAAAGCCGCAUUAGCACCCCACACAGAGGACAAGGAUCUACUGACACUCUCCAAGGGGUGGAUAAAUUUCUAUCUGUUGAAAGAUGACCGUGGCACACCAGACAGCAGCUGCGGGGAAGCUCCAUCUGAUCUAUCAGACAAAGAAAAAAGAUUACCACAGAGAAAACAUCCCGCAUUACCAAGAACAGUGACUGUUGUGGGUGGUGAUAGCAACAGAAUACGACAAUACACAGUUCAAAGCCAUCUACCACCAAAGAAGAGUGACAGGAACAAAGAAGAACCCACAAUCCUGCCAGAACUGAUCAACAACUGCAGUAUGAGGAGAACCUCUGUCAUUUCAGUGGAGAAACUACCUGUAACUGUGCUGGAACCAAACAGCUGUACAGGAGACUCAGACCACGGCACUGCAUACCUCUGUCUGCCAAAUCCCCACCUUAAUGCCACCAACCUGCUAGAAGGUUCAGGAGAGCUUGCCUGUUCAGAGUUAUCUGUAUCAUCUAGCAGUGAUUCAGAGACUGAUCAAGCAACAAGGGUAGCCAUGCUUCCAAUUAGAUGGCCCACCAGACAGUUCCACAGAGGUCCACCACAUCACUGGUCACGACCUCGGACAAAACACUACAAGCCCGAACGAAUCCAAUCCCACUACCAAAAUGGUGGAGGUGGCAGUGCUGGAUGGACAGUGACUGUUGCGGGUAGUAAUGCAUGCCCCCAGCAACCACCUGAACUCGAGAUGCAUUUUUCAUUCCCAUCAUGUGUCCGGAAACCAGGAGCCAGUCAGUCAGACUCAGGACUUGGAGAGGACAACAACGGUGACAAGUCAAAGAAGCAGCAACAAAAGGGUGAUGAUAAAACACAACACUUCUUGCCUCCUGCUCAUUCAGCUCCCCAGACCCACCACUGGACUCUCAUGGUCAAGAACCAAGGAGGAUCUGAAAAACUUCAUGAAAUAUCAAAAUCUGGGAAAAGGACUUAUCAGGGUCUCCCAGAUUUGAGGCACAAUCCUGGCCAAAGUAAAAACUCAAAAACAGUGGAAAAGAGACCAGAAUCCUGCUUUCCUGUGACAUCAAUCACUAAAGAAGAUGAAAAAAAGAGCAAAAAGUUCUCAGUGUUAUGGCCAAAGGUCAAAAAAAUCAUACAGAGCAAAGUCAUUAUUAGGAAAUCCACUGGACAUAUCUCACAAGAGGUGAAGUCCAUUUCACAAUUUCUAGAGAAUGAAGAUGGUGGAAUCGUUCUACGAUCUGGCCUCGCAAUUAAAGGCUCUGCAAUAACUCCAGAGAAAAAACCAAGAGUGCCAACAAUGAGUGAGCGUGAUCUGACCAGAAGUCAAACAGCCAAACUUUAA